AUGAGCUCGAAAGAUAGACUCGAGCUCUUGAAAAAGCUCCAGAGAGCCCGCACAGGCAAAUCAGUGAGCGAACUAUAUGAUGACGAUGAUACGAGCGACAGAGAUGACCAAGUGUAUGAAUUGGUCGACGAAGAGGAGUUUCAAAGAAGAAAACGUCUGGAGCUGCUGCAGGAUAACUUUGUUGUCGAUGACGACGGGCUUGGAUACGUGGAUCGCGGCGUAGACGAGUGGGACAGUAGAAAUCGUGAUGACGCGGACAGUUCGGACGACGAAGGGCUUCGCAAGGGCGCUUCUCGCGGGAAGAAACGUUCUUGGGUGCAGAAUGCAAACCCUGCGACGAUAAAAGGUAUGCUUACCGCCCACUCCAAGACUCUCGGCGCACAACCGUCCAAGAAGCUCAAAAAAUUGGACGUUGAUGACUUCGAGGAUAUUUUAGACCAAUUUGGAGCUGACGAUAAGGAAAACUAUGCUGUAAACCAUUUCAAUGGGAAUCGUAGCUUCAAGAAAGAGGCUCCUACGGAGUCCAGGGGCGUGUCUCUUUUCGGGAGUUUAAACGCAUCCGCGGACAGCAAAAAGCCGUUUUCGAGGUUGAGGAGAAAAGAUGAAGAGAAGAGGGCUAACAACACUGAAAGGAGCCCCCCCGUCACUGUUCCUUCAGAAAAAAUUGAUAGCACUGACAGCAUUGCCCCUAUAGGGAACGAUUUACAAAAUAUGAUAAACGAUGUGGAGAACUCACCAACUAUGGUGAAGAAGGACUCGAAACUCGAUCUCCCCACAGCUGAACAAUCGGAGAGUGAGAGCGAAGAAGAAGAGGAGGAGGAAGUUAAGGCCACCAGGAGGACGGUUAGGACAGCGGCAAUUAGAAGAGCCGUGAAUUUCAACAUUGGCCAAGAUGCUCAAUCUUCUCCUUUCGUUACCGCUCCCAAUACGCCAAUUGCUCUCGCUAAACCUUCUGCAUCCCUCAAAAGUCGAGACCAAUAUCCCGAGAGUGUAGUUGUGCAUCCUGACUUCAGCCGCAAAGUUUCCCCUGAUGAAAUACUCGACAAACCCAAUGGAAGCUUUAAAUUUUACUGGCUGGACUACACAGAAGUGGACAACACUCUUUUAUUAUUUGGCAAGAUCAAGACCAUUGCCGGUAAGAUGAUAUCGGCAAUGCUUCAAGUCAGUGGUAUCUGUAAGGAACUGUACUUUUUGCCGAGAGAAAACAAAAAGGCAAGUGAUGUUCACGACGAGAUUAUUCCAUUGAUUAUGGAUAAAUAUGGCUUGGAAAGUGUUCGGGCUAAGCCGGAGGUCAGAAAGUAUGCCUUCGAGCUAGCUGGCAUUCCCGCUGAAUCAGAAUACUUGAAGGUCUUACUACCAUAUCAAACACCCAAGAGUCGAAACGUUCCCAUUCCUGCUGAGCUGGAGGGUGACUCAUUUUAUCACGUCUUUGGCGGCAAUGCUAAUAUUUUUGAAAGCUUUGUGUUGCAAAGGAAGAUUAUGGGGCCAUGUUGGCUGGAAAUAAAAAACGCCGAUUUCAACGCAUUGGCGAAUGCAUCCCACUGUUCGAUGGAAAUAAAAGUGAAUUCACCACAAAACGUCGCUCCUGCAAAUGUUCAUGAGGAUGCCGGCCUAAACUGCUUGUCGCUCUCAGUUCAAACCGUCAUGAAUUUACGUGAAAACAAACAAGAAGUGGUAAGUAUCACGCUUUCACACUAUAAGAACGUUGCUCAAAACUCUCCUACACCCGACAGCCUAAGUCCAGAUGAACUCGUCACACUUGUGAGACCUCCUAAAGGGACGGCAUUCCCUACCGGACUCCCUGCCCUGGCGAAGAAAGAAAUUAAAGGUCAGCUUAGAUUAUUCAAUAACGAGAAAGCUCUUCUCAGCUGCUUUUGCGCAAUGAUGAAAGCUUCAGAUGCCGAUGUACUGUUGGGUCACCGCUUAGAGAACCUAUCGCUGGAUAUCAUUAUGCAUAGACUUUUUGAGCUGAAAAUACCAACGUUUAGCAGUCUAGGCCGCAGAGGGCGGAAGUCUUGGCCUGACAGAUUUGGCCGGAACAAUUCAAACUCGACACAAUUUCUAAACAGAGACAUCUUAUCUGGAAGGCUUCUAUGUGACAUUUCCAAUGAAAUGGGUCAGUCCUUGACACCCAAAUGUCAAAACUGGGAAUUGCCAGAAAUGUAUUUUGUUGCCUGUCAAAAGGAUCACAAAUCACUUGACAUAAACUUCCAAGCUUCGCAAUACCAAAGUGAUGUUAAUGCAUUUAUUCUAGCCUUGAACGAAAACAUUUCGAACGCCCUUAUAUCUGCAGAGAUUGCGUUUAGGAUACAGAUUAUUUCGUUGACGAAACAAUUGACCAAUUUAGCAGGAAAUGCGUGGUCACAGACCCUAGCAGGUUCUAGGGCAGGGCGAAAUGAAUACAUUCUUUUGCAUGAAUUCGCAAACAACAACUAUAUCGUACCUGAUAAGGAAACUAAGAGUCAGAGAACACAGAGGCAAAACCAGGACAUUGGAGGAGACGUGGAUGAGCAGCAGCAGACUUCUUCUAAGAAGGCCCAGUAUCAAGGUGGUCUCGUUUUUGAACCUGAAAAGGGCCUCCACACGGAUUAUAUUCUUGUCAUGGAUUUCAACUCUCUGUAUCCCUCUAUCAUACAAGAAUUUAACAUUUGCUUCACUACUGUUAAGAGAGAUCCAAACAAUAUCGAAGAAUUGCCAAAUGUCCCAUCCACAGAAGAAGCACAGGGAGUAUUGCCAAAACUUCUAGCUAAUUUAGUGCAGCGCAGACGUGAGGUGAAGAAAAUCAUGAGCACAGAGACAAACCUCGAGAAAAAGACCCAAUGUGAUAUACGACAGCAAGCAUUAAAACUGACGGCAAACUCAAUGUACGGGUGCCUUGGCUAUGUUAAUAGCAGAUUUUACGCUAAGCCGCUAGCUAUGUUGGUGACCAACAAAGGUCGUGAAAUUUUGAUGAAUACCCGCCAACUUGCAGAAAGUUUAGCUCUGGCGGUUGUUUAUGGUGACACAGACUCGGUGAUGUUAAAUUCCGGAUGCGAUGAGUACGCGGAGGCUAUAAAAAUUGGCAAUAAUUUUAAGAAAUUGGUCAAUGAGCGGUAUAGAUUACUUGAGAUUGACAUUGACAAUGUGUACAAGAAGCUCCUACUUCACGCAAAGAAAAAAUACGCAGCACUAAAUGUCUUUCUGGAUAAAUCUGGGACAGAGCACACUUCUUUAGAGGUUAAAGGUUUGGACAUGAAAAGACGUGAAUUUUGUCCAUUGUCUAAAGAGGUUUCAACGCAUGUCUUGAAUACAAUUCUGUCAGACAGAGAUCCGGAAAGUGCGCUUCAAGACGUCUACGCUUAUAUGGAGGAAACUAGAAGUAAUGUGGAGAAUAACGAAAUUAGGCUUGACAAGUACAAGAUCAAUACCAGACUCUCAAAGGAUCCUAAAGCUUAUCCAGGUGGGAGGAACAUGCCUGCCGUGCAGGUUGCCUUGAGGAUGCGUGAGAUGGGCCGCGUGGUUAAAGCAGGAAGUGUCAUAACUUUUGUCAUUACAAAACAAGAUGAUGACAGCGAAGACGAUGAACAGCUUUCAGUCGCGGACAGAGCGCGUGCCUUGAACGAAGUAAUGUCCAAGAAUAACGAUCUAAGGCCCGAUCCUCUGUACUAUUUAGAAAAGCAGAUUUUUGCGCCUGUCGAAAGGCUCUUAGAAAGAAUCGAGAGUUUCGACAUUGUCAGAUUAAGCGAGUCACUUGGUUUAGACAGCAGGCGUUAUUUGAACCAUAUUAGCGCAAAUGGAGACCUUGGUGGUAAUCGUUUCGACAGCUUGGAACCGUUAGAAAGUUCAAUUUCUGAUUCUGAAAGAUUCAAAAACAGCGCACAGUUGACGCUUCGUUGUCCCAAUUGCAAGAACGAAUUUUUAUUUGGAGGCAUUGUCGCAUCAAACCACUAUACGAUAUGCUACAAUGGUCUAAAAUGUCGGAAUUGUGAUCAUUUGUAUUCCCCCAUCCAAUUGAGCUGUCAGCUUGAAAGAUCCAUCCGAGCCCAAAUAUCACUUUAUUACGCAGGCUGGGUGCAAUGUGAUGAUAGCACCUGCAACAAUCAGACGAGAUCGAUCUCUGUCUUCGGGAAAAGAUGUCUUAACGAGGGCUGUACGGGCGUAAUGAAAUACAGGUAUUCCGACAAACAAUUGUACAAUCAGCUGCUUUACUUUGAAUCGCUAUUCGACGUCUCCAAAAACAAAAGUCAGCAGCUGAAACCUCUGUAUAGCCCCGAUGACUCCGAUAAGCCGACCCACAAGCUGCCAACGUCCCAGGUGGCUGCUCUGAGCGAACAAAACAGAGAACUUUUCGAAAUUAUGAACUCUGUCGUCCAGAAAUAUUUGAGCGAUUGUGGAAGGCGCUACGUUGAUAUGAAGAGCAUCUUUAGCUUUAUGGGACCACCUUGA